GCAGGGAGAGGCCGGGCAUGCGCAGUGGCGUCUCGGAAGCCCCGCCUCCCGGCAGGGGGGGACGUAUGCACUGGGGGGAAUGGGUCAGUAGCUUCCGGUCGCCAUAGCAGGUGACUGGGUGUACAGGGAAGCUCCCGUAUUCAGUUUUCUCGGUGGAAGCAAAAAGGCAGUGUUUAUUUACGCGGGUAGUUGUACCAAAAAAAAAAAAAAAGCUGCAAAAACCCUACUGAACCCAAAGCAUCAAUUUGUAAAGCUACAUUCAAGGUUAAAGACGAUCUUCGCGCAAGUGAAAAGCUGGGUUGUGGCUGCUGCGCCGCCUGAAGCCAGGACGCCCGGUGUUCAGGGAUCAGUGUCGCCACUCGGCCUCGCGCCAAGGGACCCACCAAAGCCGCUCUUAAGGCUCCCUGUCUUAAAGCCUGUACCCUCAGUGCUGUGGUGUCCACCUGGCCUCGAGAAGGAGGAGGCAAGGGGCGCUCCCGUCUUCCUCCCCCGAGGGACGGUCUGCGCGUGCGCAAACGGCAGUCGCCAUGUCUGCGCGUGCGUUCUCCUGUCUCUACCCCCCAUGCGCGCGCAUUGUGCGAGUCCUGUGCGCCGGACCUCCGGAGUGUAAGCCCGGGGGAGGCAUCUAGGAAGCGGUCCUUUCCAGGUGCUGACGGCCAGCGGGAGAUGGAGGAGGCCGGCCCGCCGCGGCCUGUGUUGCGCUCAGUGAACUCCCGCGAGCCCUCCCAGGUCAUCUUCUGCAACCGCAGCCCCCGCGUCGUGCUCCCUGUGUGGCUCAAUUUCGAGGGCGAGCCGCAGCCCUACCCGACGAUGCAGCCUGGCACGGGCCGCCGCAUGAACAGCUACCGAGGUCACCUUUGGCUCUUCAGAGAUGCAGGGACACACGACGGGCUUCUGGUUAACCAGACUGAAUUAUUUGUGCCGUCUCUGAAUAUUGAUGGACAGCCUAUUUUUGCCAACAUCACACUGCCAGCACGGCUUGGACCUCCUAGGCCCUUCUUCAGGCUCAGGCCCAGCUCUGCCGGCGUUUCCUCAUCCGAAUGCAGUCAGUGGAAACGGAUGGCUGGCCGAGCCCUCUUUCAAGGGGUGGUUACUACAGCAGUGUACACCUUGAAGGAACGAUGCCUCCAGGUCGUCCGGAGCCUCGUGAAGCCUGAGAACUACCGGAGACUGGACAUUGUCAGGUCCCUCUACGAGGAUCUGGAGGAUCACCCAAAUGUGCAGAAAGACCUGGCACGUCUGACUCAGGAGCAUAUUGCCAGGCAACCACCGGAAGAGGAGACCGAGGAGGUCAAUGGGAAUUAGUGUUCCUGCACCCCAGCUUCUGCUGGUACCAGUGAGUCUUUAUCUAGAUGGAACACUGGCUAUUACUCUCGGCUUUACAGUGUCUCAUUCUUGGGUAAAAUAUACUACUUUGUUUAAAAGAAAGAUGACUCACUUUGGUGGGUGUUGCUGUGUUGAGGG